AUGCGUCCUUGGGGAGCCAUCACAGGCCUCAUACUACUGUGGACAGAUGCUGUGGUGUCUCACAUACAAAUGAGUGGAGUGGUGGGUCAGCCUGUCACGAUACAGUGCAUUUACUCCAUAGCUGGCGGUGUCACAGCCAUGUGCUGGGGCCGAGGACCAUGUUCUCUCUAUUCAUGCUCAAAUCAACUCAUCAAGACUGAUGGACACCGUGUCGUCUUUCAGAAGAGCAAGCGUUAUCAGCUCAAUGGACCCAUUUCUAAAGGGAAUGUGUCUUUAACCAUAAAGAAUGUGACCCAGGCCGACAGUGGCACGUAUUGUUGCCGUGUGGAGAGCUCAGGGUGGUUUAAAGAUUUGAAAAUCAACAUAUUAUUGGAGAUAAAGCCAGCUCCACCUAAGGUCACCAGUGUUCCAACAUCACAUCAGGUCUCUACCUCUGCUCCUACAACGCCAGCAUCUACGCAGAACCUCAAGACAGCUCCACCUAAGGUCAGCAGUGUUCCAACAUCACAUCGGGUGUCUACCUCUGCUCCUACAACGCCAGCAUCCACACCAAACCUCAAGACAGAUACUACUUCAUCUUCUCCAAUGCAGACAGUAGAAACUCAGCCUAUCACACCACAGGAAACAAAUACAAGCAGCUUACCAGCGAACCCUUGCCUAACAGAUGGGAAUGGCACUGUGGCAGAGCCUUCAGAUGGCGUUUGGGAAUACAAUGAAACUCACAUGUGCCUGGAAGAAAAGGAAUGCAUGACCACCAAUGAGGCAUUCUACAUUGGAAUCUCCAUUCCCAUCGUGCUAUUGCUCGCUAUUUUGGCUGCCAUCAUUACCAAAAAAUAUUUAUGCGCGAGAAGAAAGGUGUUACAAAUACAGAAGUUGUCAUCGAUUGACCCUCGGACUGGAACUUUGCAAAAUCCUGCUGUAGUGCACUACCGAGCACAUGAGAAUAUCUAG